AGAAGAAAUGAUGGAACUUCUUAGGUUAAUAUCUACUACUGAGAAUUUAAGUGAUAAUAAAAAAUGUAAAAAUAAUGAUUUAGAAUGCAAAAAUAACAACUUGAUAGUUCGUGCAAAUAAAGAUAAUAUGCUGACAUUUACUACGGCAAAAAAACUUCUUGAGCAAUCCAAGUCACGUUCACCUGUUUUAACUAAAAACAAUAAUACAAGAUCAAAAACAAUGGCUGUAAAUAAUAACACGAUAGAACAUUUCAUUGAAUAUGAUAAAAAAGAAUUAAAAACCAAAUUUUCAUUAAAAAUACAAAGUAAUAUAUCCAUAAAGUUUGAGCAAAAUCGACGUCUUAAAGAAAAAGAGAAAAAAUAUUAAUAUAUCUUUCUUACAUUAAACUUUUGAA